UAGAGGAGGGGAAAAUCACGAGAAAAUUAGGAAAAUUGUUGACGGCCGAUUGACGUCUCACUUCGAUUUUCCUUUGCCAGCUGUCGAGCUGUCAAGUCUGUAAUAAGUGUCAAAUUUGUAAUCACAAAUGAUGUCAAGAUCUUUUUGUUCCUGAUAUUUUUUUAAUUUAAUGUAAUACGAUUAUUUUGUUUUGAUUUUAUCCUGCAAAAAUUCUAGUCAAUUAACUAUACCAACAAUUAAUCGUAAAUCGAAUCUAAGCAGUCCAAGGUGAUGCCUACGUAAAAGAGUUAAUUAGCAGAGGCUUUUUGGGUGAUGAGUGCUAGCGAGACGGCCCCCAUCUUAGUGAACACAAACGGCAGCGGAGGUGGUGGAGGUAGCGCGACGGAGAACCUAUCGAUAGUGUGUGGGGACAGCGAAGACGUGCCUUUGGUACCAGAAGUCGCGUUUGAACCAGCAUUGGAUUCCCCAGGGGUAAACCGAGAGUCGCAGCCCCUUUUGGGAGGGCUGGAUGUCUCUUAUAAUCAAUUUCCAGAUGAUCCAGCUUUCAGCGAACUGGUGUGGCAAGCAGAAGUUGCCAUUGAUAAUGGUAUUUUCCCAGAGAGGAUAUCACAAGGUUCCAGUGGGUCAUAUUUUGUCAAAAAUCAGUCAGGGAAAAUCAUUGCUGUUUUCAAACCAAAAGAUGAGGAACCGUAUGGUCGACUAAAUCCAAAGUGGACUAAAUGGAUGCAUAAACUGUGCUGUCCUUGCUGUUUUGGAAGGUCAUGUUUAAUACCCAACCAGGGAUACCUUUCUGAAGCUGGAGCAUAUAUUGUCGACCAUAAGCUAGGAUUGCAUAUUGUACCCAAAACUCGGGUUGUAAAGUUAGUGUCAGAAACGUUUAACUAUUUAAGGAUAGAUAGGCAAAAGGCUAGGGUAAAAAGAGCUAUUAUGGAACAAUUUCCAAAUGUUGGAUUAAGGUUUAAUAGAAUAGGUUUACCACCAAAGGUAGGAUCAUUCCAAUUAUUUGUAGAUGGUUAUAAAGAUGCUGAUUAUUGGUUAAGGCGAUUUGAGAUGGAUCCUUUGGUUCCUUCAAUUGCUCAGAAGUUUCAGAUGCAAUUCGAACGACUUGUUGUUCUGGAUUACAUAAUCAGAAAUACAGACAGGGGCAAUGACAACUGGCUCAUCAAGUAUGAUCAGCCGACCACAGCAAAUGACCACCAAGGCAACCAACGCAGCACCAUCGAAAAUGGUAUGCAUGACGUUAAAAUUGCAGCUAUAGAUAAUGGGCUUGCAUUUCCAUACAAACAUCCAGACAGUUGGCGUGCUUACCCGUAUCACUGGGCCUGGUUGCCGCAAGCAAAAGUACCUUUCAGCAAGAAUAUAAAGGAGUUGGUACUGCCCCUAUUGGCGGAUAUGAAUUUUGUGCAGGAUCUCUGUGAUGAGCUAUAUCAGCUGUUCAAACAGGACAAGGGCUUUGAUAAGAACCUUUUUGAACGCCAAAUGUCUGUGAUGCGUGGCCAAAUCCUAAAUUUAACGCAAGCUCUGAAGGAUGGCAAAUCUCCAGUGCAGUUGGUGCAAAUGCCAGCUGUUGUUGUUGAAAAGUCCCAGCAUACGUCUAGGUUUUUCAAUUUCACACAACGCUUCCAAGACAAAAGUCCCUUUUUCUCUUGGUGUUGAGACUCCAACAACAAAAGUGAUUAAUUUUCAUCUUCUUUCUGUUAUACAAAUCUGAGAUAUAUUCAGUGUAAUAUCAGUACAGUUCACUCAACCACAGUUAAGGCGGGGUUUGCAAGGUAAAUAAGUUUUAAUUUGAAACUGACAAUUCAAUUUGAUACUAAACUAAAUCGUGUAAUGUCACGCGCUGGACCCUAAAGCUAAUUAGGUAGUUUACAACUCACAUGUCUUUCAGAUAAUUCAGUUUUCACAAAAUUGAAGAGAUCGUCCUUUAAAAGUUUGAUUUAUAACGCAUAAGUUAUUUGUAAAAUCAGUAAUUUGUCGCCAAAUUGAUUAGCUUUUCCUACCCUUCCCAGGGGGUGAGAUAAUUUAGGUCAGUAUCAAAUCAUAAUGGCCAGUUUGAAAUUCAAGUUUUUACAAAGCUCAUUACUUGGUGUACCUCAACCUUUAGGUAAAUUAAAGCUAAUAACUGAUAAAUAAAUAUAGUGAAUCCAAACAUAUCUGUAUUGCAACAACUGAAAAUAAUAAUUUGUUAAAUUUAUUGUUAUAAAUGCAGGCAAAUCCUCAACAUAUUUUUUUUAGCUAGACACAAUUAUACAUGUUAUAUUGUGAUAUUCAGAAAUCUAUAAAAGCAAGUGGGCAAGGGUAUAGAAAUCAAAGUAGCAAAUGAUUAAACUCACCCCACAUGAUCAUUUACAUAUACAUUAUCAAUCCUUUUUUUUCUUACUAAAUAAUGGUUCAUUUUGGGAUACUAAUGAAAAAUCUCCUCCCCUAACACAUCAAAAUCACAACAAUUUCAAAUAAUUUAAGAUGAAUUUAUCUCAAGGAAAAAAUAAUUACCAUUCACAUUAUUUGUAGACAUUUAAAAGCUAUGUGGUGUAAUUUUGCAUCAUGUAUCAUAUUGCUGGAUCUGUACUGAUAUGUUGGUUGUUUUCAUCAAAGCAAGUCUACUCAAUCACUGACAAUGACACUGCUAUUAUAUUCACAUACAUCUCAAAACGAUUUUAGCAUAAUGUCUUUGAAAUAAAUCGCAUGCCUAAAUCCUAGCUAAAAUAGUUUGUCAUUAAGGACCAUUCAAGUAUUACAUAAGCAGUAAGGGGAGAGUGGGUGGAGGUCGUCAUUAUGCUUAUUUUUGAUGAAAUUGAGGAUGCAGGGUCCAGAUGAUGAUUAUUUCAGCAAUAUUAGUUUUUUAAUUUUUCAGUUUUUCUACAAAAUAUAUAUGAUUUGAACACAUAUGGCAACUUUAUUAGAACCUUAGCUAUAAAUUCUGCUGAUAGAAAUGUGUAUAACCAAGUAGAGAGCAGAAUGGCUCUUAGUUGGGAACUGGCUGGUCUGAUAUUGUUCGUGAACAUUUUGGAUCUAAUUUGUAUGAACAUGGCAUUAGAAUUAAUGGACAUUUAGAAAGAUCCCAUUUUGAGUAUGCUGGGGGGUUAAUAAUUGUAAAAUAUACCUGCUUAUGUAAUACUUGAACGACUCCUUAAAAACCUUCAAACAUGUCUUUUAGGUCCGAUUCUUGAGUAGCUAACUUCCAUGUUACAUAAUUAUGACUUUGAAGUUGACUGUCACUUGCCUUUCCAUUUGUUUUUAAAGUUUUAGUUGUCUCCAAAACUAUUAAUGCAGUGAUGCUACUUUUAUGACUAGGCCAUUGCCUGAUUCUUGGUUAAUUACCAUUUUGGGGCAAACUUCCCAUUAAAAAAACACUUUUUCAGAGUUAACUUCUAUUGCCAUUAAAGUUACAGAUCCACAUUUGAAAAAUGCAGCAGUAAUGAUGGGAUCGUUUUAACUAGUACUUAUGCAUCGAGUUUGACUGAAAUAUUUUAAAAGUAGGGUAUUUUGAGGUGCAUGCAUAAACAUACUAAUGUCAAUGUUCUUUUGAGUGGCAUAUUUGUAUCUUCUGAUGAAUGCAACCACAACUGAUUUUAAUAUUUUUAAGUUAUUAUUUUUUAUAUUAUAUAAUGCCUAUUUUAUCAAUCUUUGAAGUCUGUAAAUUUUAAUAUUAUGUAUUCAAAUACAAAAAUAUAUACUUUAUGAAAC